ACUACUACUUUUGUGUCUAGUAAUGAUUGUAGAGUGAUUUACUGGGAGAUAGAGUGAGUAGAGCAACUACUGUAAUAACUGUUGUGAGCAGAGAGGCAAGAGGAGGGGGAGAAAGGAGCCAAGAUGCUGGGAAUGAGAGUAUUGCUUUUAAGUAUCAUUCUUACAGCUAAGAGUGUCUUAUCUCAGAAUUUCUCUCAUUAUGGGGUUGAAUUUAAUAUUGGUUUCAUGCCAUCUACAAAUUCAACAACUCUAAGGCUGUUGGUACAUUCACAGGAGGACAAUGCUCAUGUCACUGUGUCAAGGAUUGGUUAUAAUUACAGUACAUCAGUUACUAGGAAUGCUCUUAGCAUCAUUAAUCUGCCAUUCCAUCCAGUGGUGGACUCAAGUUUCAACUCUCGGGAUCUUGGGUUUCAUAUUACUUCUUCAUCUCCAGUGUCCAUUGUUGGAGCCAGUGGAGAAAUAAAAAACUCGUUUGUGCCUCACUUCACUUUUCUAAGCCUCCCUUAUCACGACUAUACCUCCUCCACUACUGAAUACAGCUACUUGGGUGUUUCCACAAGCAACUCUAACCCUAAUAAUAAUUACACAAGUCAGAUUCUGCUAGUUGGUAACAGAGAUAAUACCACGUUCACUAUACGGCCAUCAUGUAACCUGACUCUACCAGUAAACAUACAAUCGAAUGACACAAGAACAUUAGUAGUUGUUCCUGGGGAUAAUCACACCUCAAUACUACACUCUCAUCAGACUUUACUAAUGACAAGUAUAAACUGUGACCUCAUAGACACUAUGGUAACAUCAAAUCACCCACUUAGUAUCUUUGGAGGAGGAGAAGACUGUAGUGAGGAAUACGAAUGUGGCUCUGUUGCUACUCAAAUCUCUCCCACCAUUGCCUGGGGAGAUGGAUUCUUGCUGGCUCCAUCGCAAACUAUCAAUGCGGAUCAGCUAUACACUGUAAUAGCAUCAGAAGAAAAUACCAUUAUUACUAGAUCUUGUGAUAAAAAUACAACUACUUCAUUGCUUUCUUCAGUUGGUGAAGUAUACAGUUUUAAUGAAUCUACUGCACUUUGCUACCUCACUUGCAGUCAGAGAUGUUAUGUUGCUCAUUAUGGUAUAACAGAAGGUGCACAGUUUCUGAUCCCAGUCUCCCCUCUUACCCAAUACCCCAAUACAAUGGUAUCAUUGAGUUCAUUCAAUGCAUCAGCUUCUCUAUACACAGUUACUGUACCAGCCAGGGAGUCAUUCAAUGGAACAUUAGUCAUCAAUGGAAGUCUGGUCACUCCAAACUGGUCUUCAAUAUAUGAUAAAGAUGGAGUCAUAGUUGGAUAUGGAUACACUAGCUCAUUCAGUGGAAUGACUACAAUAGCUCCAAGUUCUUCAAUGAAUAGUCUUUAUGUGGCUGUUUAUAAUCUUGAUGAUGAUGGAGCAUACAGCUAUGCUGCUGGUACUUUACUUAACCCUCUUUUCCCUUCACUUCGUUUCUUGUCUGAUGAGUACUGUCUCCUCAAUGUCUCUGAUCAAUUGACUCUCACUAUUCAAAGAAUCAAUGAUUUUAGCAUCAGCUUUAACACACGUCUGGCAAUUAACUUAAAUUACACACUUGUUAAAUUUCUUGCUGGAGAAAGAGAAAAGACAAUCAAUGUGACAAUAAGCAAUGCUCAGUUUGGUGGAAAUGAACCUUUACUAGUAUUAGCUGAGGCAGCAGUGAGUGAUGACCCAUCUCCUGCAUUAGCUGAAACAGCAAUUACAAUACAAAACACUAAAGGUGUUGAUAUUGGUUUUGCAGAGGAGAGAGUGACAGUAAUGGAAAGUGACAAUUCAGUUGCACUCAAUAUUUUGUCUACAGGUGCAGAGAUAAAAUGUCUUCCAGGAAGCAAUAACAUUGUUUUGUUGUUACAGUUGAAUGAUUUUCAAGGUAGGGCUUUAAACGUCACAAGACUUACAUUCAAUCAAUAUGUAAGGAAACAAUCUGUUGAUGUAAAACUAGACUCCUUUACUAAUGAUAGCAACCAGCGAAACAUGACCGGAAAGCUAAUAAUUCUAUUUAAUAGUGGGCUUGAUGUAUCACUAAAACAUUCUCAAGUGAUCAUUGUUUAUGAUUCAAUGCCAAUGCCUAGUAAUGCACUCAUGAGCACUCUCAGUAGUAUGCUUAGCAGCAGUUCAGUCAUCAUAACUCCUACACAAACUGUCAGUGAUUUUAUGAAUACACUACUCAAUCCCACAACAGCUUAUGUUAUUGGAAUAUCAGGAGUUCUACUCACUCUUGUGUUGUGCUCUUAUAUUCUUGUAGCUAGCUUCUGCUGUGGAAGACACUGCAAGAAGAAAAAGAAGCACAACUUGAAUGAGAGUAGCAGUCGGCUUCAGGAAAGCUCAGGACAUUAUGUAGUUCGAAGGCCGUACAACUUGACUGCAUUUCACCCAAACUAUGAUAACAUAAAUCAUUUUGGGAACAGAGUUCGGGCUGAUUCUCAACGAAGGCCUCCACCACUGCCUCCAAACGUUGCUCGCCCCCUACCACUUUUAUCAAACGAAAUACACACCAACAAACACAAUGAUGAGGAUGAAGUAGAAGAGGUUUUAAUUUAAGCAAGAAACUUUGUUGUUGUUGUUAUGUACUUUGCUUUGUUUAGUUUAAAGUUUACUUUAUCUCAGUUUUUUAUUGUUUGCACCCUGACGAUGGAUGCACUAUUUCUUAUUUACUUUUCCUUAUUUACAAUAUUGACUGAGAUGACCUUUGCGAAAUAA